AUGGCUGCUUCUAUUAUAACAACAAUGCGAGCAGUCGUAAACAUGGAACCGGUAGUAUUCUCAAUAAUGUUUGCUCUGUCCACCACAAUGACUGUCCGUGUACAGUAUAUACAGAACAUGGUCGGCAAUUCGUACAACUACACCCGGCGAAACACAAGCGACUGUGCUGUUAACACAUCUGAUCCGAAUUAUAAGCUGGGUCAAAUCGUCAAUUCCGAAGUGUCGUACUGGUUGCUUUAUUUUCAAGCGCUGUCGGCAGCCUUGACCCUGUUCUCCGGGACGUUACUUGGGUCAUACAGCGAGAGGGGUGGAGGUAGAAAAGUACCGCUACUUAUACCCCUGGUAGGGUUCACGUUUUACGUAUUUUCUAGCCUGGUAGUUAUGUACUUUGGACUUCCUUUGCAGUAUUUCUUUAUCAGUGAAGUUAUACGUGGAAUCACAGGAAACGUGUACACGAUCUUUGCCAUGUCCUGUGCUUAUGUGUCCGACAUCUCAUCAAAGGGAAGCCGAACAUUUCGAUUGAUCGUGCUUGAGACGUUCCUUUUCUUAGGUGGCACAAUUUCGCAGAUAUCCACUGGAUACUGGAUCGAACUGCAGGGUUUCAUACCGCCGACGUGGCUGGCUUAUGGUUUGAUGAUAUUUAGUGUGUUUUUUGUGAUAUUGUGGGUCGACGAAACUAUGACUAUACCGAAACAAACAACGUGGAACAUCCAAAAACAAUUUGUGGAUGUUGCUAGAUUAUUUACCAAGAGCACGAUGAAUACGAGCAUAGAACUUACAUUGAUAUUGCUUGGUAUGUUCGUGAUCUUCGUGGUUAUUGGUUCUUCAGUUAGUAUAACUAUGCUGUAUAUUCUCAACCCACCAUUCUGUUUCACUUCUGUUCUUGUCGGUUAUUACCAGGCUAUACUUUGUCUUAGCAACGCUAUCGGUUUAAUUCUGGGUGGAAAAUUGUUGUCCUGUGUACUUGGCGAUCUUGGCAUGGCACAAACUGGGCUUGUAUCGCAAGGUGUUAGUAAUGUUAUAUUGGCAUUGGCGAGUAGUAAUGCAAUGAUAUUCAUUGCUGGUGCAGCUGCGCUAUUUACUUCUCUAUCAUUGCCGGUCCUAAGAAGUCGACUGUCUAAACUAUACGGUCCUGGGAAACAAGCCGUGUUAUUUACACUACUGGGAUGUGUACAGGGAUUGGGGGAAUGUUUCGCUCCGCUCGUGUUCAACAGUAUUUAUUCUGCCACAGUGGAAAAGAUGCCAAGUUUUGUGUUUUAUACAUACGCACUGAUUCUAAUCGUUCCAGCAAGUCUGAUUGGGAUGGUUCAAAUAAGACAAUAUAGACAAUCACGUGACAUUAUUGAAGUGCCAACAAUAAAUGAUGAUGCCUCAAAUAGCUGGUAA